CUUUCAAUCCUUUAGUCGUGAAUUUUGGUGAAUUUUCACGAAUACAUGUAUAUGCGUUUCUGCUCUUUGCUGUCGAACGAAAAACGAAUACUGUACGUGCUACUUGACCGUGUGCUGUGUAUACUGUGAUUGCCAAACAAAAUGGGAUCGUUGACAAGCAGGCAGAACGCUGGUGUCGAGGAGGUCGAUAUCACUUCAAACCACGCAUAUAAAUAUCCUCCACGAUCUGGAUCCUACUUCGGUAGUCAUUUUAUAAUGGGUGGCGAACGAUUCGACACACCUCAGCCUGAAGCAUAUCUCUUUGGAGAGAAUACAGAUCUGAAUUUCUUAGGCAGCCGACCAACUCCUUUUCCGUAUCCUCCACCACAAGCCAAUGAUCCUACAAAGACUUUAAAAAGCUUAGUUAAUAUACGCAAGGAAUCUCUGAGGUUGGUUCGUAAUAUGGAUCAGACAUCAACGUCCUCACAUUACCACAGUGUCAAACAUUAUGGAGACAGUGAUAUUGACAAGAAACCUAAUCGUUUCAAUAUUGAAUUUGUGUUCGACUGUGAUGUAAGAUGUGCAAUAACAAUUUACUACUUUUGUACAGAAGAGGUUUCAACAAAGGGAAUUGCAUAUAUACCACGGGAUCCAUCUAUGAAUUCUGAAACAUAUCAUUAUAAAAAAGGAGCAAACCAAUUAUUCUCACAAACAUCGCACAUAUUUGAUCCAACAUUAUAUACUGAAGAAGAUCUGAUGUACAAUGCUGACAGAGAAAUUAUCCCGAUAGCUAUACAUUGUGUAGCAGAAGAAGGAUUGGACGAUUUGAAACAAUCUCAUACAACUAUAGCCAUGGUUGAAAAACAUUCUGAUGGAACAUACGUAUUGAAAGCGCUUAAACAAAAGCUUUAUGUAGAUGGCCUUUGCUAUUUGGUACAGGAGAUAUAUGGAAUUGAAAAUAAAAAUACUGAAAAUUCAAAGCAACAAGGCAGCGAUGAGGAUACCGAAGACAACGGUUCUGAAUGUGUUAUUUGCAUGAGCGAGGUACGCGAUACGUUAAUUUUACCAUGCAGACACUUGUGUCUGUGCAACUCCUGCGCUGAUUCAUUAAGAUAUCAAGCAAGCAACUGUCCAAUAUGUCGCGCACCAUUCAGAGCACUCUUGCAAAUUAAAGCUCUUCAAAAGGUGACCGGCACUAUUAUAUCCAAUCCACCAUUACCGGAGGGAAGUUGCGAGAAUAUCCCAUCGGGAUACGAAGCAGUAUCUCUGAUAGAAGCUUUAAAUGGACCUUAUACUCUACGAACUGCCAUCAUUGCGCCAGAAUCACCGGACACUCCUGACACAGAUACGGCGAGUGCCAUUCAAGCCGCGGAAACUCUAAAUCGGUCUGCUGAACGUACUCCAGUCUUGAAACACAUAUCCGCCAAAGAAACUGAUACAUCGGCUAGAUCUAGCGGUGCCGUUUGUCUGACUCCCGAAUUCUGUAUGUCUGUAUUAUUAGCUAGGGACGAGCACUCAGGUUCUCAAAAGGAGUUGCAUAACAGAUCUCCAGCUAUGCGAACCAAAUCUGUACAUUCACGUGAUAAAUCUGGUUUAAGAACACGCGAUACACUAAGAUUGGUUAACGAAAAACAACCUUCCUUAUAUGAGGGACAAGGACAAGAUGAAGACAGUGAAGCUGAGAAGUUAUCACCAUUGUUAGAUGCAGCGACAAAUACUGAAGCUUUAGAUGUACAUUCCCAUAGAAUAUGCGAUAUUGACAUUGAUGAUGAGAUUCAAAAUACAGGAAAUGAAAAUGACGCAGACAUUACUUGUCAUUCGCACUAGAAAGUGAUCGAGAAUUUAUUUUAA